CAGAGAUGAAAAUGAAAAAAAACUUGUGAAUUACCACUACUACUAUUAUUACGACGACAUGGUUAUAUGGUGAUUAUUUGUCUUUUAAAUCAUAACAUUUACUAACAACAACAAAAAAAAAAGCGGAACAUAAUAAAUGGAAAUCAAUAAUUAUUGGAAUAAAACAAGAGAAAAAAGAUGUUUGAUCUUAAAUGUUUUAAACUGAAUGGAUAAAUUCAUAUAUAUAUAUAUAAAUGGAUAUACAAAAACUGUAAAAUUCACUUAAAUCUACAUUUAAUCAUAAAUCAUAAUGUCAUCGAAAUUCAAAAAGGAUUCCUACAAUUUAAAACAUCCACCUUUCAUAGCAACACCACCACCACCCCCACCACCGUCAUCAUCAUCGUCACCAUCAUCUUUAUUAAAUAAACAAAAUAAAAAAAUGAUUAAACGUUCAGUGACAUUUGAACAAAGCAUAAAUUCAAAAUCAUUGUUAUCUUCUAUGACUUCUACCUCUUCAUCAUCAUCAUCUUCGUCUCCAAUCUCACACUGUUGUACAAAUUUAUGUAAUAAACAAAAUACUUAUACAUUUUCAUAUUUAUUACGUGUUAAUCCUCCAAUAUUACCCGGUGAUAUAUUGAAUUAUUUAGGAUUUACUAAAUCUACUUCAGCAACAACAACAUCAACAACAACAACAACAUCUACACCUAUCUUGUCAAGAUCAAAUGUCAAUGCAAAUUCAACUGGAAAAGUCAAAGUCAUUAUCUGCAUAAAUCAAGAAUAUAAUAAUCGUAAUCAUAAUCAUAAUAAUCAAGGUUUAGCGAUAACGGCCACAACAGCAUUGAAUACAAUUGGGAGUUUAUUAUCAUCAAAUAAUCCUUUAAAUACUAUACAUUUAAAAGUGAACAAAAAUACUUGUGAUUUUUCAUCGAAUUCAUCUUCAUCAAGUUGUAUUCAAAUUGAUGAGAAUAAAAGAAUUAUUACAUUGUUAGAUCCUACACCAUCACGUCGUAGACGAGGAAUUGGUGGCGUCGUAAGAAAUUAUAAAUUUGAUAAUAUUGUAACACAGGAUACAUUGAAACGAGAAUUUUAUACUAUGGUUCUCAAUGAUGCUUUAUCUGCUGUGUUGAAUGGAAAAGAUAGUUGUAUACUAACUAUUGGACAUAAAGCUACUGGUAAAACACACUCAAUGAUUGGUUAUGAUUACUCACCAAUGGAAUGUGGUAUUAUUCCAUGUGGAAUAAGUUGGUUAUAUCAAUUAUUAAAUUAUCAAAAACAAUGGUAUAAUACACGAUUUUCUAUAAGAAUAUCAGCUGUUGAAAUUACUGGAUUAAAUGAAGAAGUUCGUGAUUUAUUAGCAAAUACAAAAGCAUCAUAUGAUGAAGAAUAUUCUGAUAAAUCACCAAGUCAUUAUUUACAAACAACAAAUAGACCAAUGCAACAGAAGAAUUCAACUUCUUCUUCAUCAUCAUCAUCAUCAUUCAUGAAUAAAAUUAGUCUGGGAACAAAUUAUGAAAAGGCACAAACAAUUUCUGCUCAUAUGAUUGAUAAAUUAUCACAUCUAUGUGAAUUACGUGCAUCAACAGCUGAAAAAGCCGCUUAUCUACUUGAUACAGCAUUAUCAAAUCGUACAGUACAUAAUUGUAAUCAUUUAUCCGGUCUAUCACAUAUGUUAUUUACAUUACAUUUAUAUCAAUGUAAAUUAGAGAAUAACAGCAGUGAAAUGAGUAUUUCCGGUGGUAGAACGAAAUUUCAUUUCCUUGAUUUGGGUUGUGGAAGAUAUGGACAACAUUCAAUUCAUGUAAACAAAUGUGUUGAAGCAGAAAAUAAUUCAAAUUUCAAUAAUCAUUCAAAAUUCAAUAAAAAUGGAAACACUAACAAUACUACUAAUUCCCAUUCUCCUACUUCUAGUGAUAGUAAUAAUGUUUCGAAAUUUUCAACUUCAGAAGAUUCACUGUCCAAUUGUACAACUAACCUUAAUCAAGAAUUAAAGUCUAUAGAAUAUAGAACACUUUCAAAAGCUCUUUCUUUAUCUGGUAUUGGUAGUGUUUUAUUAGCUUUAUUAACUGGUCGACGACAAUUACCAUAUCAUGAUUCUUCACUUACUUAUUUAUUACGUGAAGCAAUAACUGGCAAUCAAAUUCAACCAUGUAUCUUAGCUCAUAUAUCUGAAAAUGUACAAUAUUAUACAGAAACAUUACAGGUUAUACAACUUGCUACGGAAAUUAAUCGUCUUAGACGUCGUAAAAUUGUUAUCAAUCAUAUUGGUACAUUAACUAAAGAUCAUGAACUAUCAUUACCAUUAUCAUUGAAUGCUUGUAAAAGUCAAGAGGAAAUUGGUUCAUCAACAUCAAACGAUACAGAUACUGAUUUUCUACGUGUAAAUCAAUCAAAACAUCUACAUAGACGACCAAGACUUGGUCGAUUAUCAUAUGCUAGAUCAUUAGGAUCAUGUAGUUCUGAAUUAGAUUGUACAUCAAGUGGUGAACAAUCCUGUGAUACAGUAAUUUAUGUUGGAAAUAAUAAAUUAUUACAAGGUGAACGUCGUCUAAGUGAUAGUCGUAUUACAUCAUAUUCUAUUAAAAAACUAGGUCCAAGAGGAUUAGCUGAUGGAAGUAUAGAUAUAAUGGAUAAAACACACAGUUGUAGAGGAUCAUCAGAAUUAAUAGCUUUGAAUGAUGAAACACUUAAGCAACAUUCAAUGGAUCAGAAUCAACAUACUGAAUUCCCAAAUAUGAAUAAUUUAAUAACAAUUAAACGAAUGAUUCCUAGAACAAAUGCAACUGUAUGGCCUCGUAUUAUGAAUAGAACAAAAUCUAGAAAAUUUUUACAAUCUUUAACAACAGCAACCACAACAUCACCAUCAUCAUCAUCAUCACCAACUUCAAUGAAAACAUCAGAAAUGAUAACGAAUAAUAAUAGAAUUGAAGAAACUUGGAUUGAUGGUCCAAAUGUAUCAUUAUCAUCAUUGGUUAAACAAAGAAAUGAUAUUGUAAAUUUAUCAAAUUAUAAAGAUAAUUCAUUUAUGAGUGAAAUGAAUAAUUCUUCACAACCGUCGUUGCCGUUACCGCCGACACCGACACCGACACUGACACCGCCACCGCCACCACCACCAUCCUAUCAUAAUGUUGUGCAUAAUUUGAUUAAAGAUCAUAUUAAAACAUCAUUUCUAUCAAAUACAGAGGAAUUAUGCGAACAAAUGAAAGAGGAACCAAUUAUAAAUUCAACUGAAGCGCAAAAUAUACACACUACAUCUAUGCAUAAAUCAAUUCAAAAUUUUAACACGACUUCUACUACUUCUACCACUACUACUACUACUACUGAAAAUCAUUUCAGUAGUAAUUCAAUGAAUAGAUCAUUUUCUACAUUAGAUAAUAAUCCAACUGAUAAUAUACCAAGAGCAUUAUCUGAUAUAUCCGAAUGUACCGAAGAUGCUGAAACAAUUCAUGAAUCAAAUUCAAUAAAACAAUCUAUGAUUAAUUUAUCAUUAAAAGAUGAAUUAUCAACUAAUUUGUUAACAACUAAUUUAUUAACAUUUGAUAAUUUAUAUACAAGUUGUUGUCAAUUGUCAAUAAGUAGUAUGUUGAAUGAAAAACAAAAAAAUACAGAUUAUAAUAUUUCUAGUCUUUCUACUAUGAUGAAUACUACUACUACUAAUAAUAAUAAUACUAGGCCUACAGAAGUAUUACUUGAUAUUGGAAGACAAAUCCGUGAAGCAUCAAAGUGUAAUAAUUACACAAUUCCAACAUCUUAUGUAACAACUGUAAAUGUACCUCAGUAUUUAAAUCAUUUAAAUGAAGAUGAAGAAUUAAUGUUAAACAUGAAUAAUACUAAAUCAACAUUAUUAAAUCAAGAAUUUGUCAAUCAAUUAAAACAACCUAUUACUAUCCAUGAUAUGGUUAAUACAUCAAAUUCAGAGAAUCGAAUUUCUUUAUCACCAAGUAUGAAAUUUAUAGAGAACAAUGAAGCUAAUGAUAAAAACAUUUCACAAUCCACUAUUGUUCCCUUUAAUCUAUCGAUCAAUGAUCAAUGUCAACAACAAUCUAAUCAACAAGAUCAUUGUAGUCAUAAUCAACUGAAAUGCCAACAUUUAACACGAUCAAGAUUGAAUACACCAGAAGUUGAUAGGAAAUUGACAAAUAGCUUAUUACAUAAUAGCAGUAAUAAUGAUAAUAAUAAUAAUAAUAGUUAUAGUAUUAAUAAUCAUAAUGUUUCAACUCAUAUUACUAGUAAUACUCUUAAUAAUUCAUUAUUUCGUGUUGCUGAAUGGGUCAGUUCAAUUAGUACACCACAUUCAUGUCAAUUAAUUGAUUUUGAUAAUACAAUCAAUUGUUCAUUAUGUAAUAAUGGUUAUAAGAAGAGUAACAAUAAUGUUAAUGAUAUUACCACUAAUACUACUACUAAUGAUAAUACUACUAAUAAUCAUAUCAGUAGUAAUAAUUCAUAUCAAUGUUUAAAUGAUUCAUGUUCAAAUAUGAUCACUAAAAAGAAUUCAAUAAAAUCACAUUUAAUAAAAGAAAAAAAUUAUUCAAAUUAUUCUAUUCAUUCAAUAACACCAUCCACAUUGAAUGAUUCGGCAAUUGGUUCAUUAAAUUAUACAAAACAAAAUGAUUCAUUAAUGAAUUCAAUGUAUCGAUUAAAAUUCAAUGAAACAUUGGAUAAUAGACAAGGAGUUUCAUUAUAUAAUUCAUCUCCAUCAGUUCCUCCUCCAUCACUUUUAUCUAAUAAUAAUGAUACAAAUCUACAUUUCUAUUCAUCUCAUCCUAAUAGAUCUGAAAAUAUUUGUAAAAUUCCUCAAUCUUAUUCUACUCCAAUAUUUUUAUCAUUAGAAGAAACAAAACAAUUUCCAUAUAAUUACCAAUCGCCUACAUUGAAUACAUCAGAUGUAAUUAAUCAGUUGAAUAAUGAAACGGUUAAUAAUGGACAAAUAAGCCAAAAUCAAAUGAGCAAUUUAAAUGUCUUACAUAAUCAUAAUUAUUAUUAUCAUCAGCAUCAUCAGCAUCAACAUCGUAAUUGUCAUCCCCAAACAUAUGAAAACGGAAAUAAUAAUAAUAAUACUCAUGGUCAUAAUAUAUCACCUAUAUGUACAUCAAAACAAACAUAUUGUACAGAAUUCUAUCAGCAAUCAAUAAAUUUCGAUCAACAACAAAGACAAGAACAUGAACAUAAAUCUAUUCAUCAUCAUCAUCAUCAACCUCAUAUUUUUGAUAAAUUUACUACUAGUAUAGCUACUACUAGUAAUACUACUACUACUACUACUACUACUACUACUACUACUAUGAAAGAAUUCAGUAGUUUAGUGAAUCAAACUAAUGAAGAAAAAACUAGAAUGAAAUUAUCAUUAAAAUUUUUAACUUUACCAUUAUUUCGUUUACUUAGAAAAGGGAAAAAAGAAAAUCUUCAUAAAAUUCAAUAUGAAACUAAUAAGAUGAUUGUUCGAAAUGAACAAAACUUAUGUAUUCAUAAUAAUAAUAAUAAUAAUAAUAAUAGUAAUAAUAAUAGUAAUAAUAAUAAUGGUAAUAGUAUGAAUAAAGCUGAACCGAUAAAAUUAACUUCUUUCAGCACCUCAGCUUGUCAGAAUUCAUUGAAUUCUAAUGAAAAAUCAAAUCAAUUAUCAUCUACUCUAUGUGAUCAUUAUAAUUAUCAUCAUUAUCACCAUCCUAUCCCUACCCCUCAUCCUCCUCCUCUCCCUCCCCUUCCUCAUACAAUGAGUCUUCCUUCAAAUUUAUUUGUUAAUAAUAAUAAUAAUCCUUCAACUACUAUGAUAGUUACAUAUUCUAUAAAUCAAUUUAAUCAAAAUUUAAAUAAUCAAUAUUCAAUAAAUGAUCAUUUAAUAACUAAUUAUAAUCAACAAAAAUCUAAUCAAUAUAAAUCAAUACAAAAUCAAUAUAAUCAUAAUCAAUAUGAAUUAUGUCAUAUAGAAAAUAAUCAAUUCAAUCAAUAUAAAAAUAAUAAUCAUUUAAGUUUAUCAAAUAGUUCAUCUAAUGGAUUUAAUGGAAUCAGUGGAAAAUUGUCUGCAUCAGUAUGUCGAUCAUCUCGUCGAAGUGGUGGUGGUUGUACCCUUGGCGGUGGCAGUGGGGGCGGCGGACCAUCGAGUAGUGGUUAUGAAAGUAUGCAUACCGGUGCCAGUGAAUUGUCUUUAUCUCAUCAAGAUUCUGCAAGUGAUUGUUCUGGACAUGUUAAAGAAAUUCUUACAAGGCGCCCAUCCUUAGAUAAAUAUCGUCGAAGAUGUAAUAGUCAACAUCAUCAUCAUCGUCAUCAUCAUCAUCACCAUCAUCAUUCUAAGAAUGUCUAUCAACAUCAAUACCUAGAUGAACAUCAUUUACAAUAUUUAAAUACAACCAGUCGAAUACUUCAGUCAAAUAAUAUUAAAAAUGAAUGA